UUAAACAAGAAAAACAAAAUAACCGUUGUCAGAGGCAGUUUCAGCCAUGGAGCCAGGAUCGCAGCAACUUCGGAUAACAGAAAAUGAAGCGCUUAUAGAGUCCUCUUUCAGGCGCCUCAUCGCUGCUAUCGAAGCUGAAAGAGAGAAGAUGCGAAGCACCUGGACUCAGAUAGAGGAGGAGCAGCAGGUCACUGGUGACGACCUUGCACGACUGAAGCUUGACACAGAGGAAUGGUGCAGAGCGGAACGACUGAAGAUUGAAAACGAGUGGAAGCGUUUAGAUCGACUUCGGGAACGUAUGAGUGUGCUCUCCGCAUCCUCAAGAGAGGUCUUGGAUAUCAACUGCUCGGGAGAGAUCUACCAACUGCCUAAGCGAGCACUUUGCUUCAUUGAAGGAAGCUAUUUGAACCACAUGUUCAGUGAUGCUUACAUUCAGAGCGUGCCGCGCGAUUCAGAGGGGCGAUACUUUCUGGACUUCAAUCCUGAGUGUUUCGGCAUCAUUGUGGACUGGCUCUUGAAGUUGGAGGAAAAUCCCGAAGCAAAGGUACCAAGGGUGCCUGAAUUGCAAAAGCUGAACAUGGACUUGCUGGCAGAAGCCUUGAGCCUGCGCCAGUUCGUGUUUGGCAACUGUUUGCGGUCAGCUCACUCGACCUCGCUGAAGCUGAGUGGAGACAUUGUGGAGGCCACGCAUAUGGGUUGGCAGAUCAUCUCGGCUGAGCAUCCCAUAAAGAUGUCAGGAAACUCCUACUUUGAGAUCAGAAUCCUCAAAAAUCCUGACCCGAACACUGACAGAAUCUGUUUAGGUCUUUGCGGACAUAUACCGACAGGUUCUGAGGUACACACUAUCCGCAUCAAAGAUGCAUUUGUGUACAACAGCAACGUGGGAUUGAUUGGCGAUGCACUUGAUGCAAACAACUGCCAAGAGAAGAUCAAAUUUGUCGAGGGCAUGACCAUAGGUGUGCGUCAUGAUAUUCAGACACGGCUGACGCAUUUCUUUGUGAACAGAGCGUCGAUCGGCUCUUGUGCUCUCACGCAAGAUGCGCUGGAACGGAUGCCCGUCCUGUAUCCAAUUUUCGGGUUACACGCGGUGGGUCAGAAGAUCGAGGUGGAUUUCAGCCUCAGUGGUCCACUGGCCUCGCGGAAGCCAGAUGAAGCAAAAGCCUUGAAAGUGCUGGAGGCAAUGGGAGCCGAUGAAUCCGGUGCACUCGGUGAGUCCCGGUGAGUCGAGAACAUGCGCUUUGCUUGUUUUGCUCGACGAGAGCCUCGUUCUUCGUUUGGAGUGUCGCAUCCCGGGUUAAGAUGACGCGGGAUGAGUGAACCACAGAGCGCUGGCAGAUUGCCAGCUCUUCGCGGAGAUUUUGUUUCACAAUUGUCCUAGUCUCACAGAAUGGCGCAAUCUGCCAGCCAGAAAGACGUGGAGCUCGUGGCAUGGCUCGGGG